UUUAUUUAUUCUUACGCUGAAAUGACAGGAAUAAAAUAAUCCGAAAAAAUAUCUUGGGGUCAUCAUUUAGGACGAACUGGUCAACACGAUUUUAUUAUUUCUCUGAAUAUUAUUCAAUAUGUCAAAGCCAGUUUUGUACUCCUACUUCAGAAGCUCCUGUUCAUGGAGGGUUAGAAUAGCUUUGUUGAUGAAGAAAAUUGAUUUUGAAUACUCAGCUGUACAUUUAGUAAAAGAUGGAGGACAACAGAAAUCAGAAGAUUUCAGUACUCUUAAUCCAAUGCAGCAAGUUCCUACUCUGGUCAUCAAUGGUCAGCCAAUAUCACAAUCAGUUGCUGUAUUAGAAUACUUGGAGGAAACUUAUCCAGAUCCUCCAUUACUGCCAAAAGAUUCCUUACAAAGAGCUAAGGUAAGGGAGAUAACUGAAACAAUUUGUUCUGGAAUCCAGCCAUUGCAGAAUUUAGUCGUUCUUCAGAAAAUUGGAGAUGAGAAGAAGAAUGAAUGGGGACAAUUUUGGAUAAACAAAGGAUUUGUAGCUUUGGAACAAUUGCUUAACAAAACAGCAGGAAAAUAUUGUUUAGGGGACGAAGUAACCAUAGCAGAUUUAUGUUUAGUGCCACAAGUUGGUAAUGCAAUAAGAUUCAAUGUAGAUAUGUCCAAGUUUCCAAUGAUAUCAAAAAUCAAUGAAGAACUGUCUAAACUUGAAGCAUUUAAAAAAGCUCACCCAUUUGCACAGCCAGACUGUCCAGAAGAUCUCAGACAGAAAUAAAAAGGUGACUGCAGACGAAAAUAUUUAAAACUUUUAUGCAACAGAAAAACUACAGAUAGCCUUAUACAUGUUGGUUGGACAGCUGGACACUGUUCAGACAUUUUAUUAAAUGUACCAGCUUUAUGGCAGCUAUAUAAUGAUCUAGUAUUGUAAUAUUGACUAUGAAUCUCAGUUUUCUUUCGUUUAUACAUAUAUACCUAAAAUCAUAGCUUAAAAUAAAUACUUUUUUCCUGGAAA